GUUCACAUAUCUUAUACUACCCGUCUCCCUAAGAGUUUGAGCCAUCUUCGAACGCUGAAACGUUGUCUUCGUCGUCGUAAUUAAUACCAUCCUCGAGUUGAAUUUGAACCCCCUGAAACGGCUGGUCGGUUUUCUCUUUUCUGCUAUCAGAUUUUGAAUCCGCCGGCGAAGCGACGACAAAUAUGUAUGCGCAUAAAAUGAACGGGAACGGUUUGUUGGAGGUUACUCUACGCAAUGUUCUUUGCACAAUCAAUCCCUCAAAAGAGGACUGGUCUAAGAGAUUUCAAGGCAUCAGCGAACUUCAAACUAUUGUUCAAACCAUUCAUAGUCUUCGGGGUAGUAUUUGUGCAACAGUGGAAGCAUAUGGAUCCUUUGUGUCGGAUCACUUCACAAAAUGGGGAGAUCUUGACGUAUGUAUUGAGUUGGGGGGCAAUGCUCCUUCUACUACUAAGAAGGAGAAGCAAAAAUUACUUAGAGAUGUACUAAAAGCAUUGAGAAGUAGAGGUGGCUACCAUAGUUUUAAAUUAAUAAAAAACGCAAGAGUCCCCAUUCUGAUGUUCCAUGGAAAGCACAACAUCUGCUUCGAUUUAUCAAUAAGUAAUUGGGUUGGUCAAAUGAAGUCAAAAUUGAUGUACUGGAUCAACUUUAUCGAUGGUCGGUUUCGUGACAUGGUUUUAUUGGUCAAAGAAUGGGCAAAGGCGCAUAAUAUCAAUGACUCAAAAUGUGGAUCUCUGAACUCAUAUUCUCUCAGCUUGCUCGUCAUCUUCCAUUUUCAGACAUGUGUGCCUCCGAUUUUACCUCCACUGAAGGAGAUUUACCCCGGAAAUAUUUCGGAUGAUCUUAAAGGUGUGAGGCUCCUUGCAGAGAAGAAUAUAGAGGAAAUAUGUGCGUUCAAUAUUAACCGGUUCGUGCAUAAUUGGCCCAGAGUUCGUAACCAGAGUUCUCUAUCUGGGCUUUUCAUCUCAUUCCUUGCCAAGUUCUGCGACUUAAACUCAAGGGCCACUAAGCAAGGGAUUAAUCCAUACACUGGGCGGUGGGAGGACAUUGAAGUCAACAUGAGAUGGUUACCUAAUAACUAUCCGCUAAUCAUUGAAGAUCCUUUUGAACAGCCAGUGAAUGCAGCAAGGGGUGUAAACAGCAAACAACUCAGAAGGAUAACAGAGACUUUCCAGAAAACCUACAAUCUGCUUUUGUCUCCCAAUCAAGAUCCAAGCUUGCUCAUUUCUUCUCUUGUGGGCCCGCAAGUAUCAAGAUUUUUUGGUGCAUCCCAUUCCGGAAGCCAUAACAACUAUAGUAUAAGCUUGCAGCCUCAGUUCGAAUAUCAGCGGCGGAACGGGCAGCUAGGCAAUGUAAUGCGUGCAUGUGGGCAGGUUUCUGGUGCUACCCAGAUCCGUGCUCAGCCGGUUAUUCAGCCAUCCUUAGUAGGCCAAUUUGAAGGACAAGCAACCAGUGUAAAUCCAAGACCUGCCAAGGCUCCACGUGUCCAGAACCCACAAUUUAAUAGACAAAAUGCAGAUCGGCUCUCUGGCUUUUAGUGUGGUGUGCGUCUGUGGCUUUGGGUUUGUACAUAGAUAUUGUGUGUACUUUGGAACUUGGAAGUGUUCUUUAUGAUCUGUUUGCAAGGAGAGAUAAGUAAGCUUUCGGGGAAAUGCGUUAGUCUGUAUUUGUCAAUUUUAUAAAAUUGAAAAAUCUCAAAUAUACAGAAUAAAUAAAAGAAAUUGCACUAGAACAAAGAGAAAGUUCCGAAAUAUGA